AUGUUGAAUGCUUCCUACAAUACUGUAGGCAUUAAAACAGACGUAAUAUUAAUAUCCUCUGUGUUAUUUCUUCAUUCAGAUGAGCUUGCUGUGACUUGCCAAUGUGAACUCAAAUCUAAUCUAAAGAAGACGUUUCAAUGUGUAUUUGAGGGGAUCGCUAAACAAGGAAACCCAACACUUCUCAAUAAGAUCUACACAGAYCUCUACAUCACAGAGGGUGGAACAGGAGAGGUCAAUAAUGAACAUGAGCUYAGACAGAUUGAGACAACAACCAGGAAACAAGCAAGAUCAGAGAUUGCAAUCAAAUGUAAUGACAUCUUCAAACCCUCAACUGGACAAGACAAACCUAUCAGAACUGUGCUGACAAAGGGYGUCGCUGGCAUUGGAAAAACAGUCUCUGUGCAGAAGUUCAUUCUGGACUGUGCUGAAGGAAAAGCAAAUCAGGAUGUCCAAUUUGUAUUUUCAUUCCCUUURCGGGAGCUGAAUUUGAUGAAAGAGGACAAACACACUUUCAUUGAACUUCUUAAUCACUUCUCAAUGGAAACCAAACAAUCAGGAAUCUCCAUCUACAACAAGUACAAAGUUUUGUUCAUCUUUGAUGGUCUGGAUGAGUGCCGACUGCCCCUAGACUUCCAGAAGAACAAGAUCUGUUGGGACGUCACAGAGUCAACCUCAGUGGAUGUUCUGCUGACAAAUCUCAUCAAGGGAAAUCUG